AUGGCCGACACAGUCCUUGGCAAACACCAGCUGGAGAAAGCGCUGUACGAAGAGAACAAGGCCGUCUCAUCUGGUCAGCUUAAGGAAGAAAAUCCCUUGGACACCAGCACAGAGUUCCGUAUCUUCUGCGAAGCUUGUCGGAGAGGAGACUUGCGAGUGUGUCAAGAGCAGAUAAGCAAAGGCAUCAACAUCAAUGCUCGCGAUCAAUUCGAUUACACACCUUUGAUACUGGCCUCACUAUGCGGCCACUACGAAGUCGCCCAGAUGCUGCUCGAGCAGGGCGCUCGAUGCGAACGGGAUACGUUCCAGGGUGAACGAUGUCUGUACAAUGCCCUGAACGAUCGGAUACGGAAUCUACUACUGUCAUACGACUUCUCCAAGUCGACAGAUCUGCUACAACCACUGGCGGCCCACAUGACGAGUCUGUUGACGAGGGAGACGCCGAUGACGGCAGAUAUCGCGGUGCAUACGGGAGACACGACCUUGAAUCUGCAUAAGUUCAUUCUCUCAGCACGAAGUCCCUACUUCGCUAGCAAGCUGGCUGCCGCACCUGAGACGACAACUUGGAAAUUGGCCAAUACGAUACCAUCGCAGAGCUUCGAGACGUGUAUACGAUAUCUUUAUCUCGGCGACGUCGGCGCAGAUCUGGGCGAAGGCGAUGAAGAGCAGGCUAUUCUGACUGGCAUUGAUAAGUUGAGCAAGCAGUUGGAAGUUCCGCAGCUGUUUGACAAUAUACUACAAUCGGGUGAUAGACGACAGGCACGGCAACGGAGGACAGAAGAGCUGGAGAAGAGCAGUGAACAAAUCACGACGUGGUUCCAGAGGAAUGUGCUGAAGUAUAAGGUGUUUGUGGAUAGCGAGAAGGCGGACGGUGUAAAAUGGGACAGAAACAAUGGCAUCUUUGCGGACGUGCUGCUCAGAGCGGAUGAGGAUGAGGAAGUCGAGGCGGAAGUCGAGGAGAGUGAGAGCAGCGACGAAUCACCACAGAUACGACGAACAGAAGGACCUUUGAAUGGUAUACCUAUCGGCAACUUCGCACAACAGACCUCCCGCUCGCCUUCACGAAGACGGAGACCGAAACGCUCCGUCCUCUUCCCAUGCCAUCGCGCCAUGCUCCUCCGCUCUGAGCUCUUCGCCACUAUGUUCGCCUCACCCUUCCGAGAAGGCCAGGAAAGCGAGCACUUACACAUCGUACCCUUGGACUGCUCACCGGAAGUCCUGGAAGUGAUUCUCACAUUCUUAUACACCGAGAAAGCAGACUUCGGCUUACAUCUAGCCCUCGACGUUCUCCACGCGGCUGAUAUGCUGUUCAUCGAGAAGUUGAAGCAAAGGGCCGCACUGUUAAUAAGUACGCUAGGUAACGGCAAUGCUAGCGUUGUCGAGUCAGAGAACCCUCGCGGGGUCACUGGAGCGGAGGAGGAAGAAGAAGUGAUCAAUAUCUACGACGUCAUACGAGCCGGCUGGGAUACACGAGUCCAUCGUCUAGAAGAGUUUGGAGCGAGAUUUAUCGCUUAUAGAUUAGAAGGAUAUAUCGAUGAGCCCGAGUUCAGGACGCUGGUUAGGGAGUCCGCGGCCCGAAUCAAGGGUAGGCAGGAAACGGAUACGGUGGAGCUGGUGGACGAUAUUAGGUACUACCUCAGUGAUCGCUUCCGGCUGCGAUUCGAGGAUAGUGGGUUGGAUGAGAUGAUGGACGAGUCUACUGCUGGACCAGAGGGUGCAGACGAUGGAGGGGGGCUGGAAAGUAGAGUAGAGAAGUUGGCGGUGCAUGACGAUGAAGGAUACUCGGGCUCGUCACCGGAGAAUGAUGCGGUUGGGCAGGACGCCGCGGCGUGGGAGGCUGCACAGCAGGGCGUUGUUAGGACUCUGGAUGGGGAGGUCGCGGGAGAUGAGUUUGCGCAGGAUGCGUUGAAUUAUCAGAUCUUGUUGGCGAAGAUUGAUACUUUGAUGGAGACUUUGGGUUUGGAUGGUUAA